AAACAUGGCUGAGAAACAGAUGCAGCUGGAAGACUGGCUGGACGACUUGUGCGUCCGGUUCAUCAUCAACCUUCCGCAAGAGGACUUGUCCUCAGUCGCCCGGUUAUGCUUUCAAGUCGAAGAAGCACAAUGGUUCUACGAAGAUUUCAUCCGCCCCCUCGAUCCGUCCCUCCCGUCCAUGACGCUGCGCACCUUCUGCCUGCGAAUCUUUCAGCAUUGCCCGCUGCUUGCUUCGUUCUCGGUUGAGAACCAUAUAAAGGCGUUUGAAGAGUUCCUGCAGUACAAGACACGUGUGCCCGUUCGCGGCGCUAUUAUGCUCAACAAAGAGCUGGACUCCGUCGUUCUUGUGAAAGGCUGGAAGAAGGGUGCUAGUUGGAGCUUUCCUCGUGGCAAGAUCAACAAGGACGAAGAUGACCUUGAUUGUGCUGUGAGAGAAGUCUACGAGGAGACUGGCCUGGACCUCCGGGCAGCAGGACUGGUGCCGACGGAGGGGAAGCCCAAGUACAUUGAAAUCCCCAUGAGAGAGCAGCAUCUCCGCCUUUACGUCUUCCGCGACGUCCCCAUGGACACGGUGUUUCAGCCUCGAACCCGGAAGGAAAUCAGCAAGAUUGAGUGGUACAAGCUUUCCGACCUGCCCACUCUUCGGAAAAAGGGCCCUCAAAACAACAGUAACAACCAUCAAUAUGACUCUGGUGCCGGAACCAAUGCGAACAAGUUCUACAUGGUCGCCCCUUUCCUGGUUCCUCUGAAGAAGUGGAUU